AUGGCCCCCAGUUCCAUGUCCAUCCGCUGGCCGGGCUGCUCCGCUGGAAGCCAUGCUUGGAUACUGAUAGCCAUGUUUCAGCUCGCCAUGGAGCUCCCCGUGUGUGAGUCCCUGGGCCCGGGCCCCGAGUUCCGGCUCCUGCCGCGCCCGCCGCACCGGACCCCGCGCCUGUGGAGUUUUAAGAGUGGACAACCCGCACGGAUGCCCGCCCCUCUGUGGAGCCCCCGGCCGCCCCGCCUGGAGCGGACCCACGGGCAGCUCCAGACCCCCCGUGCCAAACGGGCGCACAGACCCAGAGACCAGGUGGCCGCCUUCCUGCCCAGAGGGGGGCUCGCCAAACCCCCGGCCACUGCCAGGUCCAGCCCCUCCCUGGCCUCCUCGUCCUCGUCCUCGUCCUCCACAGCAGGCGGGGGGGCCACGGACCAGCAGAGCCUCCUGAGGAGGGGGAGGCGGCACCUGCAGGGGGGCGGCUUCAGCAACUUUGACUUCAGAGGCAGCAGGCCCACCACAGAGACAGAGUUCAUUGCCUGGGGGCCCACGGGCGAGGAGGAUGCCCUGGAGUCCAACACAUUUCCGGGGAUGUAUGGCCCCACCACAGUUUCCAUCUUACAAACCCGGAAGACAACGGUGGGCACCACCACUACCACCACCACCACUACCACGGCCACCAGGGCCACCUCCGUGACCCUGCAGACUAAGGGGCUCACAGAGUCCCUGGACCCCAGGAAUAGGAUCCCUGUGGGGAUCAGCACAAUGGCGCCUUCUACCAGUCCCAGCAACAACGGGAAAGACAUCCAGCCCCCGAGGAUCCUGGGGGAGACCUCAGGUUUGGCUGUCCAUCAGAUCAUCACCAUCACCGUCUCCCUCAUCAUGGUCAUAGCUGCCCUGAUUACAACUCUUGUCUUAAAAAAUUGCUGUGCCCAAAGUGGGAACACGCGUCGAAACAGCCACCAGCGGAAGAUGAACCAGCAGGAGGAGAGCUGCCAAAACCUGACAGACUUCACGCCCGCCCGGGUGCCCAGCAACCUGGACAUCUUCACGGCCUAUAAUGAGACCCUGCAGUGUUCGCACGAGUGUGUCAGGGCGUCUGUGCCUGUCUACACCGACGAGACGCUGCUCCCGGCGGGCGAGUACAAAUCCACAUUUAAUGGAAACCGACCCUCUUCUUCUGAUCGACAUCUUAUUCCUGUGGCCUUUGUGUCUGAGAAAUGGUUUGAAAUCUCCUGCUGA